GGAGACUGUGAUGGCAGCAGUGGGAGGAGAGGCUCAUCUCGGCUGUCAGCUCAGCGGGACAAAAAACAUCCUUCAAGUCACAUGGAAGAAAAUCUUACGUGAUGAGGAUAAGAAUAUUGCAACAUUCAGCCAGUUUUUUUGGCCAGAGAGUAAAUCCUGACUUCACAGAUAAAGUUAAGUUUAAAGAUCCAGAACUUCAGAAAACCUCCAUAGUUAUCAGGAAUAUAACAGAAGAGGAUGAAGGUUGUUAUGCUUGUUUGUUCAACACCACUGAUGGACCUCUGACAGCUGCAACCUGCAUACAGCUCUAUGGUCUAACGGCGGUGGUACUAACACAGGAGACUGUGAUGGCAGCAGUGGGAGAAGAGGCUCAUCUCAGCUGUCAACUCAGAGAGACAAGAAACGUCCUUCAAGUCACAUGGAAGAAAAUCUUACUUGAUGAAGAUAAAAAUAUUGCAACAUUCAGCCAGAUUGUUGGCCAGAGAGUAAAUCCUGGAUUUACAGAUAAAGUUGAAUUUAAAGAUCCAGAACUACAGAAAAACUCCAUCGUUAUCAGGAAUAUAGCAGAGGAAGAUAAAGGUUGUUAUCUCUGUAUGUUCAACACCCCUGAUGGACCUCUGACAGCUGCAACCUGCAUACAGCUCUAUGAGCUGCAUGAACCCGUCCUUCAUGUCAGAGAAUCAAACUCCUCUGCAGAGUCAGUUGUGUCCUGUUCAGCCACAGGUCGACCUGCUCCCACUGUAACACUGACUGUUACACAACAGCACCUCAACUUCUUACACCACAACACUGUCAGUGUGAGCAACACCAACGGUACAGUCACCGUCACUGCUACAGCUGUACUGUCACGUUUCUGUGACAGCAGCAUUCAGGUUGGAUGUGCAGCUGGAGUGCUCUCAGGUCCUCGGAUGGAGGCGUUUGUGAUGAUUCCUGAGCUCAAACCGACGUCUGAUGAUGAUGCAGAAUCUGGAUCUGAUCACACACGGUUCAGUAAGUUCAUGUUUAUUCAUUUGUUGCUUUACAAUUGUUCAGUGUAUCACAUCCUAUUUUUUAUUUCCUCAAGGAUGGCCUUUGAUUGCUUCACUUUCCAUGUUCUGUGGUUGUGUUGCAAUCGUCACUGUGUUCAGAAAUAAAGAUCAGAACAGGAAACAUCAUAUCAAUGAGAACCCUGAAACUGCAACCAGAUGAGUCUAAGACUUUUUGUUAUGCUGUUCUCCACUUGUAAAGAAAUUAAAUUUUUCUUCUUGUAUUAUGUUGCAUUUUAAAUCUGUCUCUUUUUCUUUUUUUUUCUUCUUGUUGUUCUCAUAUGUUCUGUAUUUGUCAAACACAUUCUGUUGAAAUGAAACAAAAAAACUUCAUUAAUCCCAGAGGGAAAUUGCAUGUUGAUAAAUGUCACUUUAAACUGUGGUUAAGACGUUCAUAUUAUAUGAACAUUAUAUGAGACAAAACUUCAGAUAGAAAGUAGACCUCAGUACAUAAUGCUGAGCAGCGUGGAGGAACUCACUGCUGGAGUUAACACAUUCUGUUUGCUUUUUGACUCUUUUAAGAAGGUGAGGUAAAA